AUGUGUAACAUCAUUACAGAACAAUUAGUCGUUGAUCAAGUUCCGAGUGAUAAACAUGGACUUCAGUGAUGUAUAUAACUCUGAUGUCAGAGUGAAGGAGGAACCAAAUGAUGUUUCCCCAAUUGAAAAUGAUCGUUAUGAGAUAAUCGGCAAUGCGCACGAUGUCAGAGUGAAGGAGGAACCAAAUGAUAUUUUCCCAAUUGAAAAUAAAGAUUAUAAGAUAAUUGACAAUGCACGUGAUGCUAAAACCGACGAAUUCUCGAGUUUUUGUCGAGAAAAUUUAAUUCAUGGGCUUCGAGAAUAUGAUGAAAAUUCUGGACCUAAUGACGAUUUGGAAAUAGAAUUCGAAUGUAAGGACGAGAAGCUCGGCAUUAGCUUAUUAGUAGUCAAAAAGAUCGAGGACGAUUAUCCAGAUCAUUUGCAGUAUAUGAAAAAUAGUUGCGAUUAUCAGACUCAAAAGAAAAUUAAAGAAGAAAUUGUCGACGAAGUAAAAAAGGAAUUGAAUUUGGAUGGUGAACUCAGUGAUGCACUUGACGCAAAUGAAAAAACAUUUGCUCAAAAAAGUCUAUGCGAAACCCGCACUGAUAAGUCACGCAAUCGUACCAAAUAUCCAUGUAAUGUAUGCGGUAAACAAUUUUCACAAAAAGGUCAUCUAAAGAUUCACAUCGAUUCGAUUCAUAAUGACGUCAAGCAUACGUGUGUGACAUGUGGAAAGACAUUCACACGAAAAAUAAAUCUCAAAAUACACAUAGAUGUUAUGCAUAAUGGUAUGGCACCUACUUGCGAAGUUUGUGGCAAGAAAUUCGCUUUGAAGAGUGGUCUCAAACUUCACAUGGAUGCAGUGCAUAAUAAAAUAACUCAUGCAUGUGAUACAUGUGGCAAAAUAUUUACGCUGAAAGAUACUCUUAAGAAACACAUCGAUGUGAUGCAUAGUGGUAUUGCACCUACUUGCGAAAUAUGCGGAAAGAAAUUUCAAACGAAGACUAAACUCAAGCUUCACAUCGAUUCAGUACAUAAUGGUGUUAAACAUGAUUGUGGUGUAUGUGGAAAGACAUUUGCACAAAAAAGUAUUCUCAAAAGUCACAUCGAUGCUAUGCAUAAAGGUAUGGCACCUAGUUGCGAAGUGUGCGGAAAGAAAUUUCAAACGAAGACUACACUCAAACUCCACAUGGAUGCAGUGCAUAAUAAGAUAACUCACGCAUGUGAUACAUGUGGCAAAAUAUUUACGCUGAAAGGUAAUCUUAAGAAACACAUCGAUGCGAUGCAUAAAGGUAUGGGCCCUACUUGCGAAAUAUGCGGAAAGAAAUUCUCAACUAAGACUAAACUCAAACUCCAUGUGGAUGCAGUGCAUAAUAAGAUAACUCACGCAUGUGAUACAUGUGGCAAAAUAUUUACGCUGAAAUAUAAUUUGAAGAUUCACAUCGAUUCAGUUCAUAAUGAUAUUACCCAUGAAUGUAAAGUGUGCGGAAAGAAAUUCGCAUUCAAGAGUAGUCUCAAAGUCCACAUGGAUAUAGUGCAUAAAAAGUUAACUUACGUAUGUAAUACGUGCGGCAAGACAUUUACUCGAAAGGAUCGUCUUAAAACUCACAUUAAAACGCAACAUUAAGACAUUGCAUGCGUUAUGUGCGGAGAAAAAUUUAAACACAGGAAAUAUCUAUACAGACACAUUAAAAGUGAGCAUAAGGGCAACACCCAAGCACGAGAUCAAUGCAAAAGAUCUUAAAACGUACCUAUCAAUACCGCGCAAAAUGAUGAAACAUCGAGACAAGCGAGUGGCCGUAAAACUGUCAUCGAGAUAGCGCAUCACUCAC